AAGUUUGCCCCUACACUCCACUAACCACUCUGCGUUAAAGCUCCCGUCGACAUUCACCCCACCAUACAUCCCCCACUUCGUCAUCAUCCUCACAGCACCUACAACACAACCCAUAGUCCAAUCUCUUCAAUCUCACAACUAUCAGCCAUCUGUCCCGAAAUGUCCACAACAAUAGGUAUUCUCUCAAUCGGCCAAAUGGGCCUAGGCAUCGCCCAACUUCUCAAAGCACAUCACUACCGCGUGAUCACGAACAUCAGUGCUCGCAGCGACGCAACCAAAUCCCGUGCCGAGUCUGCUGGAAUUGAGCUGUUUGAUACAGACGAAGACUUAGUCCGCAGUUGCGACUAUAUCCUUAGUAUCGUGCCACCCCGCGACGCCAUUGCAACAGCGAAACGCGUGGAAGUCGCACUAGCAAACGGACGUGACAGAGGAGGAAAACUACUUUACUACCUGGAUUUAAACGCUAUUAGCCCCUCCACAGUGAAAACAAUGGCAAGAUCAUUCGAGCAGAAUGCGCCGGGCUUGCGGUUCGUCGACGGAGGUAUCAUUGGCGGGCCACCAUCGCCAUCAGAAACAGAAACAAAUGGGUGGAAAAGACCUGGUGUUCCUUUAUCAGAAAUCGGUACAGCAUCAGGCCUGAAAUGCUGUUUCGCGGCGCUGUCGAAAGGUUUCACGGCGUUGGCUUUGCAAUCUUUUACCACCGCGUCGUCCCUUGGGGUGCUGAACCCGCUACUCGAGUACAUGGACGUAUACAAUAUUGGUGCGAGGCAGAAGGCGGAGAGGAGUGUUGUGGGAUGCACGGGGAAAGCGUAUCGUUGGGUGGAGGAGAUGAAUCAGAUUGGAGCGUGUUUUGAAGAGGAAGGUGGGUGGAAGGGCGACGCGAAGGUCUUCAGGGAGAUUGCAAGUGUGUUUCAGGGGUUGGCUGAUGUUGUGGAAAGGGAGGGGAAGGACGAGAUGGGAGAUGUGGAGGGUGUUGUUGGCGUAUUAGGUGAGGGGCUGAGGAAAGAGCAAACAUAGUGGCAGCAGUAUGCAGUUGUAUACUUUUGUAUAAGAACGUACUUUCCAACUUAGCUUGUAACAAAAAGUAUG